GCGCUGAUUGGUGAUUUCCUUGAUUGACACAUGGACAGACCAAUCUCUCGCACCGUCACUGCUGGGCUCUCUAACGGCACCGUGUCGUAACUUUGGAUUUUGUGAUUGUCAGGGAGGAAUAUUGGCCGUGAAAGAUGUCCCGAGAAGAGCUGGUGGUCCAGCGGGCCAGGACGUCCUUUCAGACCGGCAGAACCAAACCUCUGGAGUACCGGAUCCAGCAGCUGAAGAGCCUGCUGAGCCUCAUCAGCGACAGACGGACAGACAUUGCAGAUUCCCUAAAGAAGGACCUCGGAAAGAGUGAAAAUGGGACGGAGCUGUUUGAGAUAAUGAAACUGGAGGGAGAGAUCAGGCUGGCUAUAGAGAAGCUGGCAGAGUGGGCUGCUCCUCGGCCGGUCGAGAAGAACUUCCUCACUAUAACAGAUGAGGUUUACAUCCAGCCCGAGCCUUUGGGGGUGGUGCUCAUCAUCGGGGCCUGGAACUACCCCUGGGCUGUCACCCUCGUGCCACUGGUUGGAGCUAUUGCUGCAGGUAAUGCAGCAGUAAUAAAACCAUCUGAGGUCAGCUCUCACUCUGCCAAGGUCAUGGAGGAACUUCUCCCUCAGUAUCUAGACAAGGACAUGUACCCAGUGGUCACAGGUGGAGUGUCAGAGACCCAGGAGCUGCUGAAGCUGAGAUUUGACCACGUUUUCUACACAGGCAACAGUACAGUGGGCAAACUGGUGAUGGAGGCUGCAGCUCGCCACCUCACCCCAGUAACACUGGAGCUGGGAGGGAAGAGCCCCUGCUACAUCGACAAGAACUGUGACAUCGCUGUUGCAUGUCGUCGCAUCACAUGGGGAAAGUUUGUGAACUGCGGUCAGACAUGCAUCGCUCCAGACUACAUCUUGUGUGAACCUUCCAUCCAGAGCAGAGUAUUUGAGGAGCUUAAAAGGAGCAUCGAGGAGUUUUACACCGAUAAUCCAAAAACCUUUGAGGACUAUGGACGCAUCAUCAACCAGCGGCACUUUAAGAGAGUCAUGGCCCUCAUGGAGGGAAGUACAGUUGCUCUUGGUGGAGAAUCUGAUGAAUCCCAGUGCUACAUAGCUCCCACUGUACUGAAGGAUGUGACCUGUGAAUCCAAAGUGAUGAAGGAGGAGAUCUUUGGCCCACUCCUGCCUGUCAUCACAGUGAGUGGUGUGGAUGAGGCCAUCCAGUUUAUUAAUGAGCGAGAGAAGCCGCUGGUUGUCUACGUCUUCUCCCAUGACAACAAGCUGAUUAAAAGAGUAAUAGCUGAAACAUCCAGUGGAGCCCUGCUGGCUAAUGACUGUCUGGUCCACUAUACUGUCAGCAGUCUUCCAUUUGGAGGAGUUGGUAACAGUGGUAUGGGCAGCUACCUUGGCCGCCAUAGCUUUGACCAGCUCAGCCACAUGCGUAGCUGCCUGAUCAAGCAGCUGAAGUUGGAGGGAGUCAACAGCAUGCGUUACCCACCGCACACACCCAAGAAACUGGACUGGGCUCGAUUCUUCCUGUUAAAGACGCUCAACUUUGGCCGGCUACGCCGCUUGGCACUGCUGGCUAUGCUGGCUGGCUUGACAGCAUUUGUGGUGCAGAGGUUCCUGCGACGAAGCUGAGCAGCAGAGCUCUGAAGUUACACCCUGUGAUGCUGCUGCUGAUCCUGGGACAGCCACAUGGACAAAUGCACUGUAGCAGAUAAUAAUGCUCCUGAUAUUUGCCGGUCCAUAUCAUUUCACAUUCAUGUAGAUAUAUUUUACUGACUUGUGUUUUUAAAAUAUGUAGGCUGCAUCUCCUUUCGUUUACACCUUAAGCUACUUUUGAUCAUUUUACAUCAGUUUUAUAGUAUUAUCAUCUUUAAAAUUACGUAAUUUACAUUUACACUACCAAUCAAAAGUUUGGGGUCACUUAGAAAUGUCCUUAUUUCGGAAAGAAAAGCAUUUUUUUUCAGUGAAGUUAACAUUAAAUUAAUAAGGAAUACAGCCUACACAUUGUUAAUGUGGUAAAUGACUAUUCUAGCUGGAAACAGCUGAUUUUUAAUGGAAUAUCUACAUAGGAGUACAGAGGAACAUUUCCAGCAACCAUCACUCCUGUGUUCUAAUGCUACAUUGUGUUAGCACAUGAAUGAAAGUGAGUUUUCAUGAAAAACAUGAGAUUGUCUGGGGAGCCCAGACUUUUGAUAGUGUAUAGAUUUUACUUUGUUGUUCUGAAAUUACACAACUGUGUAGCAGUGAUGCAGUGAUUCAUUUCAGAGUAGAAAUCAGUGUAAAACUACUGUUCCCACUGUAAUCCAUCCUGAGAAUAUGCUGUCUGAAUGUAAAAGUGCCAUUUGGAUUUUAUGGUAGUUUUGCUGUCUGCAAAUAAAUAAUCAUUUCAACUAA